AUGCCUCCCUCUGCUACGACCUCUUCCAAACCAUCCUCCUCGCCAUCGCCUCCAAUAGCAGCUUCUUCGCAGUCGGCUCCCCUACGCUCUUCUCCCGAUCCACCUUUCUACCACUCACACAGCUCGACGCCUCGCACCUCCGUCUCGCAACCUAGAAACGGCAAGGCUCGUUCAUCCUCCAAACAGCGCUACCUCGACGCCGAGGAACAGGACACCACCUCCACCGACGACUUUUACGACGACGACGAGGACGAGGACGACGAUCAAGACCAAGGUGCAACAAGGCCUUUCUUGUCCCAACGCAACAGUGCUUCUUCUAGCGUGCGCAAGAGCUGGCCGAAUUCGCGUCCAGCCAACAAGAGAUCCAACUCGAUCAAAUUGCAGCGUUCCAAUUCGCACAGGAUGACCGAUCAGUACAAAGACGACGAGACGGCUGCCAAGUCCAACGCUGCCGAUGGCAGUCCUUCUGCCAGCCUAUCCCAGAGGAAUGGCGACGGUCACAACGGUGAAGGCUCGCGUGGACCGGGCGAUGUUACGUUCGACGACAUCUUCGACCCUACAAAGACGCUGCGCGAGAACAAGUCGAUGAUGAUCUCGGCCGAGCUCGACCGUAUGGGUAUGGGCAGGUACCAGAUCUGCAUCUGGUUCCUCUGCGGAUGCGGCUACUUCAUCGACCUGCUGUGGGCACAAGCGCUCGGGUUGAUCGUCACCCAAGUCGCCUACGAGUUUGCCGACGAGAUCAACGGCCAGACCGGUCCGCUCCAAACCGCCUUUUCGACGGGUCUCACUGUCGGAGCGUUCUUCUUCGGUUUCGCCGUCGAUGUCGUCGGCCGGAAAUGGAGCUUCUACCUCACCACCCUGAUCGCUUCCAUCUUUGGCAUCGCCAGCGGAGGCGCACGGAGCUUCGACACCCUCUGCGUUCUCUCCGCCUUCAUCGGCUUCGGGAUCGGUGGAAACAUUCCGAUCGACGCUACGAUCACCUUGGAGUUCUUGCCGACCAACAGGAGGUUUUUGGUAGCCGCAUUGUCGCUGUUCCAACCGCUCGGUGUGAUGGUGUGCUCCGGAAUCUCGUACGGUCUGAUUCCCAAGUAUGCCUGCGGAUCGGCUGAUGGGUGCACCCGAGCUAACAACAUGGGUUGGCGAUACACGUUGUAUACGCUCGGCUGCAUCACCUGGGUCAUCUUUGUCGCGCGUUUCUUCAUCUUUAAAUUCCGCGAAUCGCCCCAGUACCUUCUGGCUCGUGGAAAAGAUGCACAGGCGCUCAAGAUCAUCCGUCAGAUCCUCGAAACGAACAGGAGCAAGGUGGAACCGCUGUUCACACAAGCGGAUUUCCACGAAGCAGCUAGACGAAUCGCCGAACACGAAGGUCGAGAGUACAAUGCCGAGGAGGAGGAAGAGAGGGAAGGGUUGCACGCGGGUGGGACAAAGACCUCUCGUCUUCAGAGUGCCAAGAAGUCGGCCAAGGAGAUGGUGGCGUUGUUCUUGAACGCAAAGACGCUCUUCCAGAACCGCACCAUGGCUCGCGUAACGAUCAUCAUCUGGAUCACCUUCAUCGCCGACUUCUGGGGCUUCACACUCGGAGGCUUCUACCUACCGCAGAUCCUCCGCGCCAAAGGAGCAAAACAAGACACGUCGAUCGCCACGACCUAUCGAAACUACAUCCUGAUCUACUUCCCGGGAAUCUUCGCCGUAGCGCUGGGUGCUGCGAUGAUCGAAGCUCCCAAAGUAGGACGGCAGUGGGCGAUGGUAGUCUCCUCAGCGUUGAUGGCGAUAUCGUUUUUCCUGUUCACCUUGACGUCGACGCAGGCGGGCAGUGUAGGGUUGAACCUGCUGGAGUACUUUUUCCAGAGCCUGUUCAAUUCGAUCCUGUACGCGUUUGUUCCGGAGAUCUACCCGUCGCAGGUUAGGGGCACGGCGAGCGGGUUGGCCUCGACCUUGGGCAGGAUCGCCGGGAUCGUGGCUCCGUUGGCAGCCGAUCCGUUGUUUAGGGACCAGACCGAGGUGCAGGCGAGACACGUGCUGUAUUUGGCGGGAGGUGUGACGCUGUUGUGUCCCGUGGCGUUGGCGUUCUUGCCGUACGACACGAGGGGGAUGCGCGUGUAUUGA